GCAGUAUUUCGUUUUCGAACACUAUAUUUCAUUUUUUUUCAAAUCGGUACAGACGCUGUGUGUUGCUUGAAACUGUUUUAAGUUUUGAACGCAUCGAAAUCUCCCGCGUUUAUUCACGUCUGUCAAAAAAAGUUCAUCGUGAUUUGUUCAGUGUGUUGUAUAUUUAUUUUAAGUUGUUAUUAGGCAUUUUUAGUAGACAACUUAUAUCUUAAUGUUCAUAAAUAGUAUAUUUAAGGUAAUUAACAAUGAAAACUAGUAAGUCGCCAGAGAAUACAGAAAUAACACCAUCGAAAAAGAAGUUGAAGCAAGCUAGACUUCCAUUCAAGCUUAUUAGCGAUGUCUCACCUAAGCCAGAUGCUCCACAGACUAGAAAGCGCAAGCUUUCAGCUCCUGAAACGGAAUCUGUAACAAAAGUUGGUAAAAUCAGUAAAGAAAAUGACUUAAUUGAGCAUUCAAUCGUGAUUAGUGACGAUGACAGCAAGGGGCCUGUUGAUGCUCAAAAAGAGGAAAAAUCUAUGAACCCGUUUGUGAAAUUGGUGGACACUGCUUGGAAAAAGAAGAUUCAGAAGUCUAGGAAGAAAAAAAAUAGCAAAAAGAAAACAAAAAGUGUAACAAAUGGAGCAGUGGAAGUCGAAAGUGGUGCCGAGAGUGCUGAUAACAAAGAACCUGACUGCGAAAUGAUGGAAGUAGAUGAAGUGCCUGCAUCACAAACAAAUGGUACCAGUAGUGAUACAGAAAAAACUGAGGAUGAACAACCACCAAGCAAAACACAAUUGAGUGAAGAGGAGGAAACAAAUACUGUUACAUUAAUAACAGAUGAAUCAAAUAACGCAGAAGAUGUUGAGUCGAAAGUAAUUGAAGCCCCCACAGACAAGGAACAACCUGAAAAAGAUGAUAAAACUUCAUCGGAUGAAUCAAACGACAAUAAGAGUGGUACGUCACCAAUAAAAAAACCAGACUCUAAAACCACUGAAAAAAUAACCCCAAAACGUAGUGCCCGUAAUAUUGCUAAAGCGGAACAAAAUAAUAACUCAAAAGGUUCUCCGAGUACAAAGCUGAAUGAUUCUGUAGCAUCGGCUCCAAGCACUCCAAAACAGGCUAAGACUAGUAGAAGUUCAUCGGUGACUACCAGUCAGGGAGAUGUGUCGCUCAACGAGUCUACGUCUUCUAUCAAUUUAACACCAAAACAGGCUCAAAAGAAGUUAGAGUCAGCAAAGAAGAGAGAGGAGCGUGAAAAAGAAAAGCAGGAAAGGGAUAAGAAGAAACAAGAAGAAAAAGAAGAAAGAGCUAGAAUACGUCAAGAGAAGGAAGAUCAGCGAAAACGUGAAAAAGAGGAAAAAGAAGAGGCUAAGAAGAGAGAGAAGGAAGAGAAAGAAGAACAGAAGAGAAAGGAGAAAGAGGAAAAGGAGAGGCAGAAGGAGUUAGAGAAAAAGCAAAGAGAGGAAAAAGAAGAACAGAAGCGUAAAGAAAGAGAAGAAAAGGAAGAACAGAAGAAAAAAGAAAAGGAAGCUCGGGAUGAAGAAAAGCGUAAAAAGCAAGAGGCUUUAGAAAUUGAGAAGCAAGAGCAAGAACUUAAGAAAAAGAAAGCGGCAGAAGCAUUUGUUAACUUUUUUGUUCCUAAACAGAAGAAUGAAAAAGACCACACCCCAGUUGCUUGUAUCAGUAAGACAAAUAUGCUCUCAAACUUCAUGAUCAAAAGUGAUAUGAGAUUAGCUCCAUUAGUAAGGACCAAUUUAAGUGACAAUAGAAAAGAGGAUUUAGUUAACUAUAUAGAGAAGCAGAAUGUGGCUAAGAAUUGUCUGUAUUUAAAGUGUCUGAAGGAUGGGACAAGUAAGCCUUUGAGCAGUGGAAAGACUUGGCCAUUGAGUGAUAAAGACGAUGAUGAUGAUGUUAUGGUUGUUGAGGAUGAAUUACCAUCAAUAGAUGGAGCUGGUGAAAUAUUGUCUUGUGAAUCAGUCCAGCGCGAGAAAUUGAGACCUAAGCUUCUCAGUUUCCAUGAGAACAGACGCCCGCCUUACUGGGGCACGUGGCGCAAGAAGAGUGCCAGUGUCAAACCAAGACGACCCUUUGGGCAGGAUGAGAAACAAGUGGACUACGAAGCGGACAGUGACGAGGAAUGGGAGGAGGAGCAAGAAGGCGAGAGUAUCGACGGUAGCGCUGCCGGCAGCGACGACGAUCAGGACGCCGACGAGUACGAGGUCGACAACGUCGUGUUCGUGCCGCACGGUUAUCUCAGUGAUGAGGAAGCAACUAUGGAUGAAGACGACGUAUUAUCACUUUCCCCCGAGACUCAACAACAAAGACUGAAGCAUUUAGAAAACGAAUUUGAGUCUGAAAUGAAGAAACCCACGGAAAAGCUAAAGCCCAGAAUGUACGGGUUACUUUGGGAGACGGCCGACGGCGGGAAACCUGAGAAAUGCGUUGACGCACUCUGGAAUUACUUUUCCAAGAUGGCGAUGAUUAUGAAUGACCCAACGCCUUUACUCCAACCAGCCAAUGAGCCUGAAGAAACGGAAAAGAAAAAAGUUAAGAAGAAGAAGCCACAAAAAGAAACAAAAGACAGUGAGCCCAAACAAAAAAGCCCUAAGAGUGAUAAAAAGAAAAAACCUAAGGCAGAUGACAAAGAAAAAACGCCUAAAUCAGAAACUAAAAAGAAUGUUCCAGAAGUUAAGAAAAAUCAGCCGGGUAUUAACUUGUUUUUGACGAAAUUAAAAUCUACGUAAUUUACUGUACAUUCUUAUGUCAAUUUUUGCGUAGGUUUAUUCAUAAGUUCAAUAUUUAUUAAGUGUAAGUUGGCUAUUGGCUUUACUUAAGUCUUGUUUCCUAAUCUCAUAUAUUCUUUAAUGUUUUUGAACAAAAUAAGUUAUUGACACAAAAAAUAGCAACAGGAUCUUGUUAGUAAAAUUGUUUUUUACUGAUGUGUCUAUCUGAUGAUCUUUUUUUUUUGUACUUACUCAGGCAUAGCACAUAAUUGCUCUGAAACAUUUAUUUUCAUAGUUGAGUAUUAUGUCAUAAUAGACGAUUCAUCAUUAAAAAGAGCAAACAAUUAAUCUAUACAAAGUGCCUUUUUUGCAAUCUAUUCUGUUCUUAAUAUUAUUUUAAUUCUAUGAUGGUGCGAUCAAAUCAUAGACUGAUAGUUAAAUACAAAUAAUAAUUAGUGAUAAUAAAGUAAUUCGUAAGAUAUGUUAUCCUAUUAAAAUGUGUAGAUGUAAAUAUCAGUUAAUUUUGCUUAUGGACAAUAGUAUGUAUGUUAUAGAUUUAUUAAUUAAAAUAUUGAUUUUUAUCA